AUGGACACAUGGACAGUGCUGCUGACCAUCAUCCUGCAGGCAUCCUUGGCCCACCCCUGGGCUGACAGCGCAGCCCCUGCCCUGCGCUUUGUGGCCGUAGGUGACUGGGGAGGGAUCCCCAAUGCCCCAUUCCACACAGCCCGCGAAAUGGCCAGUGCUAAAGAGAUUGCAAGAACCGUACAGACACUGGGUGCAGACUUCAUCCUGUCCCUAGGGGACAACUUCUACUUCACUGGUGUGCGGGAUGCCUAUGACAAGAGGUUCCAGGAAACCUUUGAAGAUGUCUUCUCUGCCCCCUCCCUUCGCAAUGUGCCCUGGUACGUGCUAGCCGGAAACCAUGACCACCUUGGCAAUGUCUCGGCACAGAUUGCAUACUCCAAGAUCUCCAAGCGUUGGAACUUCCCCAGCCCUUUCUACCGCCUUCGCUUCAAGGUCCCACGGACCAAUGUGUCUGUGGCCAUCUUCAUGCUGGACACAGUGACCUUGUGUGGCAACUCAGACGAUUUCCUCAGUCAGCAGCCUGAAGGGCCUCGUGACCAGGCACUGGCCCGCACCCAGCUGUCUUGGCUCAAAAAACAGCUGGCCUCAGCCAAAGAGGACUACGUGCUGAUAGCUGGCCACUACCCGGUGUGGUCCAUAGCUGAACACGGGCCCACCCACUGCCUUGUCAAGAAACUGCAGCCACUGUUGGCCAUGUAUGGGGUCAGCGCCUACCUGUGUGGUCACGACCAUAAUCUGCAGUACCUUCAGGAUGAGAAAGGUGUGGGCUAUGUGUUGAGUGGAGCCGGGAACUUCAUGGACCCCUCAAAACAGCACCAGCACAAAGUUCCGGAUGGCUACCUGCGCUUCCACUAUGGGGUUGAGGACUCACUGGGCGGUUUUGCCUACUUAGAGAUCGGCCCCAAAGAGAUGAGCAUCACUUACAUUGAGGCCUCUGGCAAGUCCCUCUUCAAGACCAGCCUGCCCAGACGACCUAGGCCCUGA